AUGGUUAAAUUACCAGAUUCGGCUGAUCGUUUUACGCCUUACUUUUUGUACGAGGAGCGCUUGAAAUCUUUUGAUGAUAGAUGGCCGCAUAAAUCGCAAAAUUUAAGUCCUGAGAGGAUGGCUAAAGCUGGUUUUUUCUUUCUGCCCGAUGAAGCAGAUUCUGACAGUGUUCGUUGUCCGUUUUGUUUAAAGAAUUUAACUGGAUGGGAAGAAAAUGAUGAUCCAAUGAUAGAACAUGAAAAACGGAAAGAGAAUUGUUAUUUCAUGCAACUCAAUAAGCUCGAAGAAGACUAUACAGUUGAAGAUUUCCUCGUGUUGGCAGCUCAUUCGCGAUCUGCAGCUUGGGUAAAUUUUUUAUUUCUCAUAUGA